AUUCGGCGCGCGGCACGCAAGUGGACCGAAGAAGAGACCGAAAGCUUGCUGCGCGGGUGCAGCAAAUACGGCGUUGGUGCGUGGAAGAAAAUCCUUGACGAUCCGACUUUCGUGUUCAACUGUCGCACAUCGGUCGAUCUGAAGGACAGGUUCCGGACAAUCCGU